CCCCCCCCCCCCAUGUGCUGGAAUGUGCGAUCGCAUCUUGGCUUUCCGUUUUAGCCGUGUUUUUUGUUUUUGCUCAAUGGUUACACCCGCCGGGCAUGGCGCAAUUGAUAAAAUCUCUCGUCAAUGAAAAGUGCGACCGUCCAUGCUUGUGUAAGUGAGCGUGUGAGUGGAUUAAAUGUUCGUGAUCGUCGUGGUAAGACAGCACAAAACGCAACACUCACUCACUGUCUCCUGUGGUAGGGGUGCGUGGUGUACAAGGACACUGCUGCUGAAGAAAACAACGCGAAAUAACCGCUACACGCUAUGCCUCCGGUUUCGUUCUGAAAUAUUUCAUUGCGCAAUUCUUGAUGGAGCACGCGGUCACGGUUCCGAUGCCGCCGCGCGCCGGGGACUUGAAAUCCGAACCAUAAUCGCUACGCACAUUCCAACCACACACGUACAGCCGCUGUCGAUGCAAUGAUGAUGAUGCUAAUUCGAAAAACAAAAGCAAACAAAAAAACGGUGACCCACCACGACUGACGGACUUGACGGUGUUUCGAUCGGAUCUGGCGGGCUGUAAAGUUUGAGGUUUGGUUUGUGCAGUGCUAACAGAGCAAACGAGCCCUUCUCGCCGAGCGGCUUACAAAAUGCGCAAAGCGAAAGAUUUCAACGCGCGCGGGCAGACGACGAACGCACCCGCAAAUCAAAAUUCCAGCUUUUGCAACCAUUUGGUGUCCGGUGCGGUGGUUUUGAAGGCACAAUACACGUCGUACUUGAUAGCUAGCAUAUUGAAUAAAGUUUCCACACACGUGUCCAGGGAGCAGGGUCACAUAUCCGUUUGCUUCGUACGCGCCAUGCGCAAAAAUGAAACUUUUUGCGACUCCAUAUACCAAACAAACAACGACACGACCGCCAUCCGGCAAACGGUCUUCAACUUUCCAUCGAGCAACACACACAAAAAAAAACAGAAAAAAGCAAAGUCACUUCGGUAGCGAAUUCGUAAGCAUCGCAGUUUAUAGUUUGAUUUACAUUCCGCCGUUUUUCGCGCACCAAACGCCAAUCGGUUUCAGGGAAGGUCCGAAGCUGGCCCGCCGAAGAAAGUGAAACCGUUGAACUUUGUACCCCCCGUUCGGCGGCCGCUGUUUUAGUCGCGGGCGGUGUUUUGUGGUGAUUGAUCUGAAACGCUCAUUCCACACACGCACAAACACACAUACACAGCCUUUUUUUGGCAGAUUGGUAGGAUGUGAGCUGAGGCGAGAUGCAAUGAAAAGGCAGAUAAAUUUCCGAAAUUUAACCAACGUUUAAUUACGCGAGUCGGCGGCGGCCACUCUCGCCCUGGCACGUGAAGGAAGAGAAAGUGCAUCGGGAGGGGGGAGGGGCAGUAAGAUAGCAAAUAGAAAUAAUUUCCCGCGUGAAAUCGAUACGAUAAUAUUUUAGCAAGCCGCCGCCAACGGUGAGAGCCAACGGAAAAAAGGUGGAAGAGGAUUUUAGUUAAAUUUGUAGAAAUUUUGUUUCCAUGCUAAUGGAUGGAUUUGUUCGCAUUUACCCUAUCGUACGCAUGCGUGUAAUUGAAUGAAAGUUUUUGCUCCCAAUUCUGCUUGGCACAAAGUUAUCUUUACCGCAUUUUGUUUUAUUUUUUUGUUGUUGUUGUGUUGUGUGUUGUCUGUGUGUUCCCCUUUUUGUGUAAUACAUUCCCGCAGCUCUCCCGCAAACUAUUGAAAUAAAUCUUCAUUACCAGCUUUCUGCCGUUUUCACUCCUUUUUUUGUGUUUGCUUUUUUGUCCAAUACCGGCCCGAAAGAAGGUUAUGUAUGAACUCCGCCACCCCUGCCAAGUGAACCCAUCCCAACUGUCAACCCGAUCGCGCCACUUAACCCCGAUCAAAUUCGAUCGUGCAGCAGUAAAAACGGUCCAGUAAGCAAACACUUUUACAGCGGAAAGGCAAUGUCCGUUCACUUUUUGUACACACAUAUGAACGCACGAUGAAACAAUAAACCCCCUCGCCGUGGUGGAGUUAAAUCGCGGCUCACGAUUUCCGAUUCCCGAAUGGUUUUGUUGUUUUUUGGGGGGGAGGGCGUCUUUCCACCACGACGUUAGCAUAGGAGAGGGUUCAAUGCGAUCGUGCACGAUUGAUCACGUGUUUGUCGAUCACAGUCGAGUGCCACACGAGCGUGUGGUUGUUAUACAAGCACCGGGUGGGUAAUAAUUAUUUGUGUACAGUGGGUACACGCCCUCCCGCCUAAUGUGACGAGUUGAGCGAGAGAAUCUUGCAUUUCGUGCAAAUGUUUGAAAUUUUCGUGCCUCGAGACAGCACAUGCGGCGAGGUUUUAUCAAGAACAAAGCCAAGCGGGACCACGGGCACGGAUUGGAACAUGUUCUGUUCUGGUUUUCCCGUGUUGCCGUUUUCUAAGCUCCAUCAUCUUUCCCGGCCAAAACCAAUCUGUCGGCAUCGCACAAAACGAUCGCACUGUAGCUGACCUCAAUCCAACGUGGAAAGCGUUGGAUAAGGCCACAUCUUCGGGGGCGUGCAAUCGCCGUUAAUGCAGCCCUCGCCCCCGGUGCAGUGGUCCCGCAAAACCACCAACGCAAAAAGGGGGAGAGAAGGUUGAGAGGUUAGCAGUUCACCCAAAACAAGAGCAUGAACGGUUUCUCAAUCCAUCAACUCGCCGCACUCGCGCGACCAUAAUUACAAAGCGCUAAUGGUGUGAGGAGCGGCAAGCGCCACAAGCGCUCGGUUGCAGCUGGGAAACAGCUUGUGCAGCUGCUGCCACUGGUGGCGGGAAAAUGCAAAAAACAUGAACACGAAAUAAAACGCUACGAAAUGCUGCUGGGUGCUGCAUUCAAUUCAUCAAGGAAGGUUUUUCCUGCCCCCGUCCCUAGGUAAGGGCCAUACUAAUAAGGCGGGGUGAGAUGUGAAAUAGUUUUCGUUUCUUUAUCAUCAUCCGCCCCAUUCCGGGUGCCGGGUGGAUGACAGAUAUCAUCAGCGAAGGGGGAGCAAAAGAUAGAGCGGGUCGUGGUAAUUUGUAAUGCGAUCAUUUCGAGAUAAAUUCGAGAUGAAAACGACGCACUCCAAGUGUAGCGCAGCAGCAGCAGCUAUUGUGAUGGUUGUGUCUUCACUGCGUACGCUCAUCGUCAAGGUUUUGACCAAAAAAGAUCUGUCCGUAUCGCCCCGUGCUUGUAAGUGUAGUUACCCUGCUCGGGGGUUUUUUGGAGCUGGCUUGGCCAAUGGAUUUGUUCGUAACAAUACUGCUCCACUACUCCACUAGCGCCAUGGGAAAUGGUGCAAUCCCGCUUUAAUUCGAUCAAGAUAUGCUAAUCUUUUGCCACACGGCGCAAUAAGUAAGGCGUCCUCCUGGAAGCGCACCCAUUAGCCAGCGGUGGCCCAAAGAGCCGCUUGUGCCAGAUAUUAGGGUUUCGGUGGUUGAGCUUUUAUUUUGUCAUUUUGAGGGUAAUAAGCCCUUUUGGCUAAUAGAUUCUGGCCAACCAUUGGAUUGGUUGUGGAGGAUGAGCUUCAAUGGCAAUGAUGUUUUGUCGCACUGCAUGCGAAUGCCGAACCGCUUGCGCUUGGAAACUGUUAUUUCCCACCAGCUCAAUGUCAAAUGUACCAGUUCGGAUUAAUACCAAAAUGACACGCUAACAGCCAAAACACUCGUUAAUAGCUCGUUAGCGGUGGCGCAAAACAAGCUACAAGGUAUUCGGUUCACAUUAAGCUGGUUCGAUUACAGUAUUGUAAGUAAUUUAAUGUAAGCUUUCUACCCGCACCGUUUCCAGUGCCGUUUGAGCAAUGCAGUAGCGCAGAACAACAACUACUACUACUGGGAAGCGAUGGAGCCCAAAUGGUUACUGUUGGCAGUGUUUUGCCUAUUCUGCCAGAAUUUGUCGUUAGGGUCGCUUACUACGGAAGAUGAUGUCGCAUCUAACGCGAACGAUACGAAGCAAUGGAGAAUAUUGCAGGCACCCAGAGUAACAACGCCUAGCAGUGGGAGGAUGACCACUACCACCAGAAGGAUGCCUACUACGACGGUCGCUAGAGGCAAAACAACAGCGCGCUCCGCACAGCCUUCCAGCGCUGCCGGUAGAACAUCGACCACUACGAAACGAUCCGGUCAGCUUCUUGCAGGUCCUAAAGCACCAACUACCACAUCACGAACUACUAAAACGGCUCUGAGAGUUUCCAGCGGACCGAACGGCAAAGUUUCCACUACUACAGCCAAAUCCAUGCAGGGCAGGACAACUACGAAACCACGUGGAAUACCGCAGAAAAUCCAGCAAGGUCCUACGACGCGGCGUCCCGGUCCAACAACCACAACGCAACGACCGCAGGUGCGAACGACCACUCCUCCAGUUUUGCUACGCAUGCCUCCCCGACCGACGACGACAUCAGUUUCGCCUUUGUCGCUCUUUGGGUAUCAAAUGUACUCGUUACCGUUCAGCUUUUUCAACGCCCAACCCCCAACGACCGUAGCCAACAGCAACACAACCGACACGUCCAACAUGACAACCACUGAGAAUCCUGCCGUAAGCUCCAGCACAACCGAAGCGACCAGCACGAUGAGCACCACGUCGUCCAGCAGCACGGUAGCACCGGGAGCGAACGCAACCACCACCACCGCCGCCGCCGCGGUGGAGUACGAAGAGGAGCCCCAAGAACAGCCAAACCCGCCCGAAUAUGACUACCCGGAGGAGCAGCACAAUGCAACUACACCGGUGGUAACGACGGUGACACCCGUCACGGAGUCACACAACAGUGUGUCCUCGACUGCCGGUCCACAAAUGGUUCGGAAGCGCCGUAAAAAGGUCACCACGACCACACCCGGCCCUAGCCCGGGAAUGAUACGGAUUCGGGUGCGCAGAAAGCGCACCACCGUCGCGCCAGCAGUCGACGCGAUUACGGAGAGCUCGAGCUGAGCCGAUGCGUCCGGGAAAUGUGGAAAAGGGGAAGCACACAUGUAUGUAACCGAAACUGCACAACGAUAAUAAAUUUAACCAUGCAAACGGAGUCAGCGGUCUCAGUGGUCGAGUGUGAUCAGUCUUGCAAUGCAUUGGCGAGGAGGAAAUGUGUUUGAAACUAGCAAUAAUCAUUACGUACGGAUGUCUACUCUUUUUGGAACGCAACUUUUGCUCCUAGAUGGCGCUGUCCUCAGGCGCUGCUUACUGUGCUACUCAAACUGUUCACUUGUAGCGAUUGAUGUGAUUUGACAGUUAAAUAACAUGACAUAAACGCUUUGACAUGGUGCCGUUGGUUGGGAGCGAAACUCUUUCCGGGCGUUUCAAUCUAGCAUGAAAAUUGUGGCUUUGCUUAUGUCAUUCGAGUAGUGUGUUAGCGUUGCUACUGGUUUUGUCGCUACCACUAUUUGUCCCCGUAACCCGUUUCCAAUCGUGCCCAAAAACCACCCGAUUACGUUACCCGGUCGCCUGUGCCUCAAAAGGAUUUCCCCGUGAAGGAGACAAGAAUGGGGCCAUUGAUUAGCGUUCAUUAGCAAACGAAACCCCGGCCACGGCCCGUGCCCAAGCGCCAAGAACUGCACCUCGUCCUCGAUACCUCAAUACCUUGAGCCUCGGCUGCGAUCGAAUCGAGAGGGACGAGAUCGAUAAAAGACGUUACGCAACACAGCCGUGCUGUGCGGUCGCACGUAUCGAAGCCCAGAAGCCCAUCGGGCUAUCGACGAGACGAGCAUCGGCCUCGGCAUCCCGUGUCUUGCACCCCAUCGACCCCAUCGCGACCGUUCGAUGCGCAAACGAUUGCGCAACAGUUGUCACCAUCCGAAUAGCCGCCACCGCCGCCGAUCGGUGGCAAAUGACAGACAUUUUUCUUAACAAAACUGUUAACGCGCACACUAUCGUGAUGUAAUCUGCCCGACCGAUGACCGACUUGGGCAUCUUCUCCCGGAGCGGGUUUAUCGGUUAAGGGCCCGAUUAUUGCAUGUUUUUUUUUUUGCUUCUAAAUGGUGCCGUUGUCACCAGCGCGACGAAAUCGGUCACAUUCCUCGAUGGCCCGGGGUAAGUGGGCAAACCCAUCUACACCUAGAUUUGCGAAACUGCCAACAAGCCCGGCGCAGUGAAAGUCACCAUAAGGAUCUGGCCUGCUGGCGUUGGGCAACUACUAAUGGACUGUUUUUACGAGCCGAAGGCUUACAUGGCAGCAUCCACACACACACACCCAGACCGUACUGUGGUGAGCGGUAAUUAGACAAAACUUGGUCCAAAACGGUAAUUGCUCGACGUAAGCGAGCAGCGAGUGCAGAUCACCGACUCGAGCGAGUCAAACCACGACGCUUGGUGCUGGUGUACAGCAUCACUCAAACGGCUCAAACCACUCAAACAGGUGGCUCAAACGCCUCGCCACGAGAAAGCAAACGCAAAAAACGCUCUUUAAGGCACGGCCGUUUACGCAGGCAAAACGCACCGAGACACAGCUGGCGAAGAGACACGCAUAAUGCAGGCGCAUGUUCGUCGAUCGUUUGAUCGGUUGCCACCAAUUGCAUCGCAUUUCAUAAUCCCACGGCUCCCCCAUGUGCUCCACCAGGCGUGGGGGGAGGGGGGGGGGGGUUAGGCCGCUCCCAAUACAUACCGAAGCGGUCGAAAAAGAAAAUGGUCCACACACACACACCCGCAUUUCGCUGCUCAGGUUUGAGGUG